CUAAUGAACGACGUUCCAAGAAAAGUCCACUGACUAAUUCUUCGUAAUUCUCUGCAAUUUCCAGUGGACGAUCAAUGAAAGGGGAAUUACAGCUGGAGAGGGUUGAUGAACGGAACCCUACCGAUGUGGAUCCUUUGCUGGAGAAUCAUGAGCAACCAGCAAGUUCUAGUUCAAUUGAGACUUCCUGUUUGAUCGUGAAUCAAGACGUUGAGAAUCAAGACCUAGAGGAUGGCUCCAUUCCUUGCUGUCGUAUUUGCCUUGAAUGCGAUGGCGAACCAGAGGAUGAAUUGAUAUCUCCGUGCAUGUGCAAAGGCACUCAGCAGUUUGUUCACCGUUCCUGCCUUGAUCACUGGCGGUCAGUUAAGGAAGGAUUUGCUUUUUCGCAUUGCACAACCUGCAAAGCGCAAUUUCACCUUCAAGUUGAAUUGUUUGAGGACAACUCUUGGCGCAAAAUAAAAUUCAGACUGUUUGUGGCAAGGGAUGUGUUCUUUGUAUUUUUAGCUGUACAGACUGUGAUUGCUGCAGUAGGUGGUUUUGCAUACCUUAUGGAUAAAGAUGGGGCCUUCAGGAAUUCAUUCAGUGAUAGUUGGGACCGUAUCCUGUCAAAGCAUCCUAUUCCGUUUUACUAUUGUAUAGGGGUCAUGGCCUUCUUUGUGCUGCUUGGAUUUUUCGGGCUCAUACUACAUUGUUCCUCCCUCAACACUAAUGACCCACGGAUGAGUAACUGCCAAAACUGCUGCUAUGGCUGGGGUAUCUUGGAUUGUUUUCCUGCAUCUAUGGAAGCAUGUUUUGCCCUGGUUAUUGUUUUUGUUGUCAUUUUUGCCAUUCUUGGCAUAGCCUAUGGUUUCCUUGCUGCCACAAUGGCUAUUCAGAAGAUCUGGCAGCGACACUACCACAUUCUUACCAAAAGAGAGCUUACAAAGGAGUACAUUGUGGAGGAUCUUCAUGGUAGUUACACACCACCUAAACUGGAUCCAGAACAUGAAGAACGUUUGAAAAUGAUGAAGCUUUUGCAGUGAUGGAUGGUAAGUUAAGUUAUAUGAUGUGUCAGUAAUGUUUUAAAUCGUUCAGCAUGUAAAAGCUACAAUGUAUAUUUGCCCGGCAAGUUUUGUUGCUGUAGCAAUGAAGAAAAAGACUCUCAACAUUUUUCUCUAAAUUGUUCAAAGCUGAUUAUGAGGAAAAUGGGGUUACAUAAA